AUGAUUACCGACUCUGAGCUCUACAAACUCGCUAUCUUCCUAGGAUCCUGCGCGAUGCUCCUCAUUGUCCUCUACCACUUCCUUGAAGUGAAUUCGAAGGACAAGGACGAUACCGUUGCCGACGGGGGUACUUCAUCGUCUGUAAACCCCAAAAACUCGAUGCCUACGAACCUAUCUUCGACUUUGGCGACUACGGAAAAGCGGUGA